AUGACCUUCGAUGUAGAGGAUAUUGCUUUCGGAGUUAUAGCUUCAUAUAGACCACCUUCUAUUAAUAAAAACUUGUAUAUAUCGGAAUUAGCUGAAGUUUUAUCACAGAUUAAGUUUCAAAAGCAGAGGGUGGAAUUGUUCCUUGGGGAUAUUAAUAUAAAUUUAUUGGAAAGAGAUGAUUCAACUGCUUUGACUAGUUUGAAUGAUUAUUUGGGUCUUCUGAGUGGAUUUGGGUUCAGUUCUUAUAUUAAUAAGCCUACAACAGAUAUUGAAUCGCAGAAGCCAUCUAUUUUAGAUCAUGCAUUUGUGAGGACCGGUCGAGGAGACAUUGGCGUUAAACCGGCGGUGAUUGAAUUAAAUCUAACCGAUCACAAUAUGCUUUUUCUGAGUUUUCUAAGUUUCAGCUUCAAGGAGCGAAAGGGGGAACAAUAUAAGUUGAACAUACAAACAAUGAUUAACUAUGAAAAGUUGAAUCGAACCCUUGCAGGGAAGAACUGGCAGGAGAUUUUCGCGGAACAGGAUCCCCAGGUGGGUUAUGAGCAAUUUUUGUCUAAAUUCAAAAUGUACGUCGAGCGACAUUCGAGGUUGAACGUUAUAACAAGUAGGAAUCGCAAGUUGAAACCAUGGAUCACCCGCGGAUUGAUCAAUUCCAUACGUCACAGGGAUUUUCUUAAGAAGAGGUUGAAGAAUAAUUCUGAUUCGGAAAAGGUCGAUACUCUGGACUAG